GGGAGGAGGGGGGCCACCCCGCGAGAAGAGCGGGAAGAGGCGGACAGCGAGGCCAAGAUUUCAGCUGCGGGACGGUCAGGGGAGACCUCCAGGCGCAGGGAAGGACGGCCGGGGUGACACGGAAGCAUGCGACGGCUGCUGAUCCCGCUGGCCCUGUGGCUGGGCGCGGUGGGCGUGGGCGUCGCCGAGCUCACGGAAGCCCAGCGCAGGGGCCUGCAGGUGGCCCUGGAGGAAUUUCACAAGCACCCGCCCGUGCAGUGGGCCUUCCAGGAGACCGGUGUGGACAGCGCCGUGGACACGCACUUCCCAGCUGGAAUAUUUGUGAGGCUGGAAUUUAAGCUCCAGCAGACAAGCUGCCGGAAGAGGGACUGGAAGAAACUCGAGUGCAAAGUCAGGCCCAAUGGGAGGAAACGGAAAUGCCUGGCCUGCAUCAAACUGGGCUCUGAGGGCAAAGUUCUGGGCCGGAUGGUCCACUGUCCCAUAGAGACACAGGUUCUGCGGGAGCCUGAGGAGCACCAGGAGACCCAGUGCAUCAGGGUGCAGCGGGCUGGUGAGGACCCCCACAGCUUCUACUUCCCUGGACAGUUUGCCUUCUCCAAGGCCCUGCCCCACAGCUGAGCCAGCACUGAGCUGCAUGGUGCCUCUGGGACCGCUGUUGGUGGUAACCAGUGGAAGACCCCAGACCCCCAGGAGAGGACCCCGUUCUAUCCCUGGCCAUGAUAAUAAAGCUGCUCUCCCAGCUGCCUCUCA